AUGGCCGCCGCCGCCACGCGCACGGGGGCCGCGCCGCCCACGUCGACGGCGGCGUGCAACCGCGGCACGAUCCAGCGGCUGCUCAACUCGACGUACAUGCCCUCCGACUUCGCCUGCGGCCACUGCGGGCCCUCGCCCGCCGUCAUCCAGGGCGCCUGCUGCGCCGGCGAGCUCUUCAACGGCACGCUCCUCGCGCCCGCCGCGCUCGCCGGCCUGACGUUCUGCACGCCCGCCGCCAACAUCUCGCGCGGCUCGGCCUUCGCCGCGUGCGUGUACGGCGCGCAGGGCAGCCAGGAAAGCCUGCCCGGCUACUCGUCGGCCUUCUGUGCGCCGCGCGUCGAGGGCGACUCGGCCGACGUCGACCCCUUCGCCUCGUCGAUGGUCAGCAGCGACAAUGACGCGAACAACGAGGACAUGCCCACGAACUCGAGCGUCACCGCGCCCAUCAUCAUCAACGGCUCGACGUGCAACGCGACGACGAUCACCCGGCUGCUCGCCUCCUCCUACGCGCCCUCCGACUUCCUCUGCGGCUUCUGCGGUCCCACUCCCGCGGCCGUCGGGCCGGCCUGCUGCGCCUCUGAGCUGUACAACGGCACGCUCGUCGCGCCCAGCGAGCUGUACGGCCUCAGCUACUGCGCCGCCACCAACGCCACGCGCACGCAGCCGGCGUCGUGGGCCGACUGCGUGCGCGGCGUGCAGCAGGACCUGCCCGCCACGGCCUACUUCUGCGCGCCGCGCGGCUCCAGCGAUCCGUUUGCCUCGACGACCGGCGGCAGCAACAGCAACAGCAAUGGCUCGGCUCCGUUCGGCUCGACGAACAAGCCCGAUGCCGCCGCCGCCUCGGCCCGGCCGGCGCUCAAGAACUUCUUCGCCGUCGCCGUCGUGGGCGCGCUGCUCGCCUCGUCCCUCUCCCUCUAG